AUGGAUCCAAAAUGGUUUCCUCCUCCAGAUCGCCCCAUCCAACCUGGCGGUCCAAGCGUGAUCGGAGCCGGAGUCAUUGGCAUUACUACCUUGCUACUUCCACCAGGACAGCUUCGCAAGACGAUCCCCAUAUCUCUGAUCCCAUGGGUCAUGUUGAACCUGCGACGGCACACUAGCGGAAGACCUGAAGAGGACUAUCUAACUGCCGUCAAUGUCUCCCUGAUUUUGGUCCGAUGCAUCGACUUUGAAGUGUUGCAUAAUGCUGAGCAGGCAUUCCGCCGAGUAAAGUCGGAUGGUACAAUGGAGACCGCAGAGGACAUAGAAAAGAUGACCAUCUGGCAAAAAUGUCGCUGGGGUUUACACCUUUUCACAACAGCGCGUGGAAUUGGUUGGAAUUGGCGCGUCAAGAAUGUUGACGAAGUCCCCAGAGACAUCUCUCGCAGUCGAUUCGUCCUAGAGCAAGCUGUCAGAGCCUCAUACGCAUUCCUCUACAUGGAUGUCAACCAGUGGUGUACACGUUGGUCUGAUUGGGGAGAUGGGACCGCUCCUGACUUCGAUCUCUUCACCAUCCCACUCUGGCAACAGACUCUUCUUGGGUGGUCUUCUGCCUUCCAAAGUGGAUUUUCAAUGGCCUUCGGCUACUAUCUGGGAGCGGCGAUCGCUGUCGGUUCCGGACUCUAUACGCCCCAAUCGUGGCCUCCGAUGUUCGGCUCAUUCAUUAAAAAGGGCUACACUGUGAGGAAUAUAUGGGGUUGCUGUUGGCAUCAAUUUCUUCGUCGGAUAUUUGAGAGUGGAAACAAGCGUCUUCUACAACUGUCGAGAGUUAAAAGCGGGACUCUAGCCUCACGGUAUUUGCAGCUAUACAAUGCUUUCUUCAUGUCGGCUCUUAUUCAUCAUGCUGGUGCCCUCAAUUGUCCCUACUCUUGCCUCGGGUGGUGCCAAUUUUACUUCUUCAUGAUCCAGCCGUUUGCAAUCACGUUUGAAGACCUCGUCAUAUAUCUGGGCAAGAAGGCGGGCUUGAAGGACACAUGGAAAACUAGAGCUCUCGGGUAUGCUUGGGUUGUCUGUUUCCUGAGUUAUUCCCUUCGAUAUGCAGCCAAAGGCAUUCUGGCUGCUGGGUUGGGCGGUGUCAGACAUCCGGUUGUGGACAAAUUUAGCAUCAUGGACCGACUGUUUGGAUAG